AUGGAUGCCACCACAUUGAAGGAGAUCGAGGAAACAUUGGCCCAGCUUACGCUGGAAGAGAAGAUCUCCCUUCUUGCUGGCAAGGACUUUUGGAGAACAGUUCCUCUGCCCGAGAAGCAGAUUCCUUCUAUCAAAGUCUCAGAUGGCCCAAGCGGCGCGAGAGGAGACACCUUCAGCGGGGGUCAAAAGGCAGCUUUCUUCCCAUCUGGGAUCCUGAUGGGAGCUACCUUCAACCCGGAAUUGGCUUACGAAACCGGAGAGCUUCUCAGCGAGGAAGUCAGGGCGAAAUCCGCUUCCGUCCUGCUUGCACCCACCGCAUGCUGCCAUAGAUCACCCCUCGGUGGCAGGAACUUCGAGUCCUAUAGCGAAGACCCAUUGUUAUCCGGCAAGAUGGCAUCGGGAUAUAUCCGCGGUGUUCAAUCAAGGGGUAUCGCGGCAACGAUGAAGCAUUUUGUUGCUAACGAGCAAGAAACUUGGCGCCUUUAUGUCGAUGAGACAAUAGAUGAGACGACGUUGAGGGAGAUUUACCUGAAGCCGUUUGAAAUUGCUAUGAGAGAAGGCCAACCAUGGGCGAUUAUGACAGCCUAUAAUAUUAUCAAUGGUGUUCAUUGCGAUUCACACCCAUUGACUCUGAAGCAGGUGCUAAGAGGGGAGUGGAAUUAUGAAGGAUUGGUUAUGUCGGAUUGGUUUGGAUGCAACUCGAUGGUUGAGUCGCUGCUAGCCGGACUAGAUCUUGAAAUGCCUGGACCGGCAAGGAAGAGACCAAUCAAGGAAUUUGUCGAAGCGGCAGAAAAGGACGAGAGUGUUAGAAAGGCGAUUGAUGAUUCCGCAAGAAGGAUUCUGACAUUGAUCGCUAAGGUUGGAAAAUGGAAGGAUAUGACACCCGAGGCGCCUGAAUACUCAAGAAACGACCCAGAGACUGGAAAGCUGAUUCGAAGGGCUGGUGGUGAAGGUACCGUAUUGUUGAAGAACGAAGGGAAAACCUUGCCUCUGCAACCUGGAUCGCUGAAGAAGGUUGCUUUCAUCGGACCGAAUGCGAAGGCAACUGUUGCAGGAGGUGGUGGUUCCGCUAACCUAGAGCCGAAUUAUUUGACCCAGCCGUACGAAACCUUUGUUACUGCUAUCAAAGAAAUAAAUGGAGAUAUUGAAGUUCCAUGGGUGCAGGGCUGCAUUAUCGACCGUUGGGUUCCAAAUAUUGAUGUCGAGGGUGGAUUCUGUAGAGUCGGUGGCCCUGAUUCAGAGGCUGGUCUCUUCUUGGAAUGGUUCCGUGGCUAUGAAGCCACCGGUGAACCCGUCGCUACUACUGUCUUCAAAACUUCUAAUGCUUUCCUCUGGGAUUCUCGACCGACUUCCAUCUCGCCCUCCGAGGAAUUCUCUGUCAGGUUUAGCGGCCAGAUAUCCGUUCCAGAAGAUGGAAAAUACAACAUUAGCUUGAGUACUAUCACGGCCUCCAAACUUUAUCUGAACGGAGAGCUUCUCAUCGACAACUGGGAUUUCAAGGAACGAGGAAACCUUAUGAUGAAUGUUGGAUCCGAAGAAGUCGUCAAAACCAUCGAGCUGAAGAAGGGAGAGUGGUACCCAAUCCUUGUCCAUAAUUCUUCUAUAUGGCCGAAGGAUUCACCACGGGAUCCACCAAUGGAGGAAAUCGGUGCUUUGGGAAUCCGACUUGGAGUUGCACCUGUCUACGACAAUGCGGUAUUGAUCGCAGAGGCCGCGGAUGCCGUUAAGGAUGCAGACGCAGUCGUCAUCGUUGUUGGCUUGAACAACGAGUGGGAAUCGGAGAGUUAUGAUAGAUCCGACACUAAGCUCCCAAAUAACCAGGAUGACCUGAUUGAGGAAAUCGCAAAGGUCAACCAGAAUGUUAUUGUCGUCAACCAAAGUGGUGCUCCAGUCGACAUGCCAUGGGCCGAGAACUCGAAUGUUAAGGCUAUUGUUCAGGCAUGGUACGCUGGGCAAGAGGCCGGUCAUGUGAUUGCGGAUGUUCUGCUCGGAAAACAGAACCCUUCGGGCAAGCUACCACUUACAUUCCCGAUCAAAGUACAAGAUAACCCGUCCUACCUUUACUUCCCGGGUAGAGAUCAAAAGGUUGAGUAUACCGAAAAGUUGAUGGUUGGGUAUCGGUACUACGAUACUGAAAAUGUUCAAACUCGGUUCCCAUUUGGUUAUGGGCUUUCAUACUCGACAUUCUCUAUUGGGGAGCCUUCGUUAUCAACUGCUGAGUUGACUGAAGGACAGACCUUUACAGCCAAUGUUGAUGUCUCUAAUACUAGCAAUGUCGCAGGCGCUGAAGUUGUUCAGCUAUAUGUCAAGCGCCCAGCAUCAACAUCGUCGAUCAAGCGUCCAGUGAAGGAACUCAAGGGGUUCAAGAAAGUUCACCUGGGCACUGGAGAAACGGCCACUGCAAAUAUUACUGUCGAUGACAAGAGCCUUGGUAUUUGGAGCACAGAGGCUGGGAAAUGGGUAGUUGAAGCUGGGGAUUAUGAGGUUUUAAUUGGUACAAGCUCUGUCCAGGAUGAGUUGAAACCGGCCGGGAAGAUCACUGUUAAGGCUGCAUGGUCCUGGAUCUAA